CCAACAGAAAAGCGUGAAGCACAGCGGCAAACACCUUUUCAACUUCACAUGGAGACAUCGGGCUUUUGUUUACGAUUGAUAAUUUGACAGCCGUGGUGAAAUUUAAGCAAAGUUUUCUAAGAUAUGGAAAAUAACUCGCUUAAGGAGCAACCCGUAGAAAACACAGAUGUUAACCAGGAUGAGUUGAUACUUCAACAACAGAGACGUAUCGAGAAGGAGAUCUCAGAAUCUAUAGCAUUAGUUGGUGAAAAGGAACCAUUGAAGAGCUUGGAACAGGAAUAUGCAGAGGAUGACGUGUAUCUCUCGAAGGCGAAAGCCUUGGCUCAAAAAUAUUCUUACAUUAGGAGAACUAGACCUGAUGGCAAUUGUUUCUUCAGAGCAUUUAGUUAUGCUUAUUUGGAGAAAUUAAUUGGAAACAAGGAGGAAUAUGAUAAGUUUCGUGAUCUAGCUAGAAAAAGCAAGGAUAGCCUUGUAGCUCUAGGUUUUCCCCAAUUUACAGUCGAAGACUUUCAUGAUACGUUUAUGGAAGUCAUUGACAAAGUAGGCGGCGACACAGAGUCCAGUCACAUGGAGUUACACAAAUUGUUUAAUGAACAAGGUUAUUCCGAUUAUGUUGUUGUGUAUCUUAGAUUAAUUACAUCUGGUCAGUUGCAGCGCGACGCCGAUUUCUACCAACAUUUUAUUGAGGGAGAACGUACUAUCUCAGAAUUCUGCCAUCAGGAAGUCGAACCAAUGUACAAGGAAUCCGACCAUAUUCACAUUAUAGCAAUGAGUAGUGCCCUAGGAACUGGUGUUAGAGUUCGUUACAUGGACAGAGGUGCAGGAACUGAAGUGACUGCUCAUGACUUUCCUGAAGGUGCUAUACCAGCCGUGCACUUAUUAUAUCGUCCUGGUCAUUAUGAUAUUCUUUAUCCUUGAUGAAUCUUAUGCAAGUUUUUUUUCUAAAUAAUAUAAAAAUGAUUUCUAACGAUCAGAUCUAUUUCAAACUAUUUUCAAAAAUGUUUCCGUCAUAACGUAAUAUAUUAUCUUUAAUCUAAAAAAAGAAAGAAGUAAAUAAGUUGAUUUCGUGUACACAUUUUAGAAACCCAUAAGUGCAUUUGCAUUUUAUGAGUUUGUCGAUAUAAUCCGUUGUUUAUGAGCGACAUUUUAAACUUUAAGAUUAAUUAUCUAAAAUAAAUAUCAAAGAAAUCGA